UUAUCAACAUGGGCAAUAUAGUAAAUUAACCAUAGUCAACAACCUUAUAGAUAAGCUUCUUAUAAAAAUCUUGAACAAAAGGCAUCACAACCAACCAAACAAAUUAGAACAAUGUGAAGAAGUUGUAAAGCAAGGUAGUGAAGAAGAAAGAAAAAAAUAAUAAUGGAAACAUGUUCAUUUCCAAGAAUUGUACUAUCCCCCUUACAUCCACUUACCUCAAAAAACAAACACUUCCAAAUUCCCAAAUCCAAACAAUUACAUAAAAAAAUCACCCCUUUAUUUGCAACACUCAAUUCUCCAAAAGGUUUUGGACCUUCCCCUAAAAAAAUUACCAAAAAAUCCAAGAAAGUACCAAAACAGGAAAAUGAAGAUCAAGAAAAUGAUGAUGAUGAUGAUGAUGAUAAUCAAGAAGGAGGAGUUAUACCAGAGAUAGUAACUAAUAGAAUGAUAAGCAGAAUGGGAUUUUCAGUUGGUAUUCCUUUGUUUAUUGGUUUAUUGUUUUUUCCAUUUUUUUAUUAUCUUAAGGUUGGAUUAAAGAUUGAUGUACCUACUUGGAUACCCUUUAUUGUGUCUUUUAUCUUUUUUGGGACUGCCUUAUUGGGAGUUAGUUAUGGGAUAGUUUCAUCUAGUUGGGAUCCAAUGAGAGAAGGGUCAACUUUAGGUUGGAAUGAAGCUAAGAAGAAUUGGCCUGUUUUUUGGCAAUCAAUUAGUGGGGGUGGAGGAUCAAGAAAGAAGUAUUAGGACUUUUGGUGUUAUGCAAUAUCUCUAUUUUUAAUGUCUUUUAAUCUUGAUUUUGUUGUGUAAUAAUCAUGGCAUUUGGAUUGCUUAUUUAUAAUUUA